AUGGAGCUCGCUGUGUCUUUGCUCCUCGUCUGUACUGUCACUUUCUUGAUACUGAUUUUUACCCGUAGCCGAAAACCCUCCAAUCUGCCCCCGGGACCCACGCCUCUGCCUCUGAUUGGGAACAUCCUGCAGCUGAAUUUUAAGGAUUUCGUGAAAGAUUUUGUGAAGGUCAGUAGAUUUCUCAUGGGAUUGUCUUUUCAGGGAGACUGAAAAUUUAAGGAUUAAUUCAGAUUGUUAAAUCAGUGUAUGUGUACAGGACCCAAUGCUCUCCCCUGUCUGGCACUCGAAAGGUUAACUGGUCACAAACUAUCUGACUGCUUUAUAUACAUGUGCAGAUUUGGAAAGUUAGUCAUUCUGAGUGUAAAUCUGUAUUGUUUCACAUUAUUCUCUAAAAUACCACUAAAGGUAAUAUAUUAAUAAUCUAUACAUCAACAGUAAAAAUGUUUGAUUUCAAUUGCAGAAAAUCUCUUAAAAAUUACACUGAAUUUGUUUCCGUCGUGUAACAUUAAUAACUGUCCAGGAAAAAUGGCAACACUACAUAUAUUUCCAUUGCAAAGGAGGGGAUAUAGGGAGGGUUAUAUGGAGUAAUAGGAGGGGUUAUAGGGAGGGUUAUAUGGAGUAAAAGGAGGGGUUAUAUGGAUGGUUAUAUGGAGUAAUAGGAGGGGUUAUAGGGAGGUUAUAUGGAGUAAUAGGAGGAGUUAUAGGGAGGGUUAUAGGGAGUAAUAGGAGGAGUUAUAGGGAGGGUUACAUGGAGUAAUAGGAGGAGUUAUAGGGAGGGUUAUAUGGAGUUAUAAUAUGGAGUAAUAGGGGAGUUAUAGGGAGGGUUAUAUGGAGUAAUAGGAGGAGUUAUAGGGAGGGUUAUAUGGAGUAAUAGGAGGGGUUAUAGGGAGGGUUAUAUGGAGGGUUAUAUGGAGUAAUAGGAGGGGUUAUAUAGAGAGGUUGUAUGUAGAGAUAUGAGGUGCUACAGGGAAAAGUUAUAGGGAUAGUUAUAUUGAGUAAUAUUGUAAUUGUACCAACCAUUUUAGUAUUGAUUUGACCAAGUUUCAAACAGGAGUAGAUGUCUUUGUGGUGAACCCUACUAGAAGAGACUAUGAAACCUGUUUUUGCUUAGUAAAACCCCAAAGUGUCUGCCAGAAGUCUUCAGGAAUCUGAAACCAAUUUGAAAGCAGAAAUAUGGGGUGAAGCUGUGCCCUUCUGUUUUCAUUGAACAUUUCUUUUCCAUUUUGUCCAAGCAUAAGCACACAGCCCCUUCUCUAUCUCCUGUUUUAGAUUGGCUCUAAAUAUGGUCCGGUAUCCAUGAUAUAUAUGGGACGGCAACCAGUGGUCCUAUUAAAUGGUCAUGAUGUGGUGAGAGAAGCUUUUGUAGACAAUGGUGAAGUAUACAGUGAUCGAGGACAUCUUGCAUUUCCUGACAUGGCUUUUAGGGGAUAUGGUAAGUUGGGACCACGGCCUGUUGUAUCUGUCCUAUUAACAAACUUGCAUCGUGGGAUGCGUUACUUCAUGACUGUAGCAGAUUCAGUUUUGACUCCAUUAGAACUGUGUGUCGACCAGUUACUGGCAAGGGAUAGAGCUAUUCACUUCAUUUUGCCUAGUUCCAGAGUUCCUGUCUUCACAGAUCCAGUGGAGGAGAGUCCUGUUCAGGACUAGCACUCCGCUACAAUACUUCAUGUAGAGAUGUGUGUAUCUAUUUUGGGCUCCUAUCAUGGAGGUACGUGAUGUCCAGAUAAGUAUAGCAUUUUAAUCAAUAGAUUUGGCGGCAUUUUUACUGGCAGAAUGUACACUAGGCAUAUAUUUAGCCUAGUUGAUGUUGGCUAUAACGUAUAGCUUGAAGAACAGAGUAGGUUUUAAUCAAUUUUGUGCACGACACAAAAAUAAAACAUGCUAUCUUGCAAUGGUUUUUACAUUUUAAUAGAAAUGUAAAAAAAAAAAUUGUCUAUUUUAAAAACUUCAAUAAUGUCUGUAUAAUUUAAUUAAGAUAACUAUUCGGAUAAAUAUAGAAUGAUGGACACAAUUGCUGAAUCUCCCAAACUUACAGGGAUCGUCUUCAGUAAUGGAGAACGCUGGAAGCAGAUGAGACGGUUUUCGCUCAGCACCCUGAGAAAUUUUGGAAUGGGGAAAAGGAGCUUAGAAGAAAGAGUACAAGAAGAAGCAAAAUGUCUGGGGGAAGAACUCCAAAAGAAGAAAGGUCUGAAAUUAUUGAAAUGAUAUUUCAUUUAGAAUACAUACAAGCUUGGCUAGUUGUAUUCUUAGUAGGAUGGAAUGGAUGAUUAAUGGACACAUUUUCUUGAUGUUUUGCACAAAAAAUUUCAUUUCGUAUCUUUUGUGUGGUGUGUUUUUUUUUUUUUUUUUCAUCUUGGUUAACAAACAUGAGAGAGAGAGAGAGAGAUAACACUGCUCAAAAAAAUAAAGGGAACACAAAAAUAACACAUCCUAGAUCUGAAUGAAUUAAAUAUUCUUCUGAAAUACUUUGUUCUUUACAUAGUUGAAUGUGCUGACAACAAAAUCACACAAAAAUUAAAAAUGGAAAUCAAAUUUUUCAACCCAUGGAGGUCUGGAUUUGGAGUCACACUAAAGUGGAAAAACACAUUACAGGCUGAUCCAACUUUGAUGUAAUGUCCUUAAAACAAGUCAAAAUGAGGCUCAGUAGUGUGUGUAGCCUGUAUGACCUCCCUCCCUAGGAACUGCAGAACCACUCCUUUAUUGGGGGUGUCUUGCUAAUUGCCUAUAAUUUCCACCUGUUGUCUAUCCCAUUUGCACAACAGCAUGUGAAAUUGAUUGUCACUCAGUGUUGCUUCCUAAGUGGACAGUUUGAUUUCACAGAAGUGUGAUUGACUUGGAGUUACAUUGUGUUGUUUAAGUGUUCCCUUUAUUUUUUUGAACAGCGUAUAUAUGUGCGUGUGUGUGUGUGUGUGUGUGUGUGUGUGUGUGUGUAUAUAUAUAUAUAAAAUCUCUUUUUCUUUCAAAUUAACUGUUCAAUGUGUUUCCUCCUCUUGAUAACUUAUUUUCGUAAAAAUCUUGGCCACUCCUAUUUCUACAUCAAUAUAUUUUACUUCACUUUUUCCCAUAGGAGAACUAUUUGAUCCCACUUACCUUUUGAGUCUAGCUGUGUCCAAUGUUAUAUGUUCAAUUGUUUUUGGGGCUCGAUUUGAGUAUGAAGACAAGGAAUUCCUAGCUAUGCUGGCAUUGAUGAAGGAGACAUUCCAGAUUUUGGCUUCACCUUGGGGUCAGGUUAGUUUUUAAAAAACGCACAUUAUUGAGUGGAAAAUACUUCAAUACACCUCCACCUAAGGCUUUCUGUAACAACCUGUGUAAUACACACAUAAAACAAUAACCAGUGGUGGGUUACUGAGAUUGCUAUGUUGAUAUAAUAACUAUAGAAAGGAAAAGGUCCAGACACUCCAAGGCUUAACUACAGUGUCCAGCAGCAAUGUUUCGACUAAAAGGGCUUUUUCAAGCCUCCUAAAGCUAGGAAUCACUCGAGUAUACAAUAAUCUUCAAAAACUUUAAUAGGCUAUAAAAUAAUCAUAGUGUUGAUUGUACAUGCAAAAAUAAUUAUACAUACAUAUGGCACUUUCAAACAAAUAUUGCUGGAGGGCAGUCACUAAGACUAAUGUCCAGCCAGCCAGCAGAUGGAGUACUUUUCCAAUAGCGAUGGUUCACAAGAGAGAACAACUUCUGCUCUGACUGGUUUCACCAAACAAGGCUUUCUAUUUUGUAGCGAAGCCUGCACUUCCUGUUUAAAUACCCUUAGGUAAUGCCGAAGAACAAGCCACUGAUAUGGAAACCAAACGUAUGGCCAACAUGGAUUCCUAAAGGGAGAUAGAAGAAUCACACUUGCUCCGUGUGAAUAAGGGACUAAUGGCCACCACCACCACCAGCUGACUCAUUCAUUCCUAUGGCAGAACAUACCUAAUAUAUUGACAAUAUUAAAAAAUGUAAAAAAGGAAUGAAAUUACAAAAGAACAGUUACUCAAAAAAGAACACGUACAAACAUUACAAUAAAUACUAUUAUUGCGAUAAAGGUAAAAUAAAUGAGGUUAGUUUUUGUCUAGUGAUAGCAGUGUCACGUAUUCAUCUGCUCAUAAAAAUGUGAUUAAUGGCAUUUACUGUCCUGACAGGAAAGGUUGUGCAGACCAGCAAUCAAUUCACAGGAGGGUUUGUGCUGAGCAGCAAUCAUGCAAAUAGGAACCUGGUAACUGCCUUUGGGGUCAAAGGCCGAUUACAACCAAUCAGAUCCUUUGUGGUUGUCCGAGAGCGCGUUAUUGAUUCUGGAUAUUCUGGUUAUUUGACUUUGGCAUAGUUUUUGACUUCCCUGUUUUCUGGCAUCCCCGACCCCUGGCUUUUCCUUAUCGUUGUGUCUCUUUCUGUAUCCCUUGACCUCGGCUAUUCCUGACUAUUCUUUGGCACGUUAGUCCGGCCAUUCUAAGGUCCAGUAAACGUUACCUUUCAGUCCUCUGUGUUACACAAUUCUAUGUGCUAGAUCAUUCUGUAAUCCUGACAAGCAGAGACUGACAAACAUCACUCAAGUCUGAGUUAGGCCGGCCCAUCUGCAAACCAUAUUGCUCUCAUACAGGUGUCCACUCUGUUAAAAUGUGAAAACAACCAUAUUAUCUAAACAAAAUACAAGUAAUAUGUGCUGAAUAUCAAUUAACCUUUCAAGGACCACCCCUCCACCCCCAUCCCACACACAAAUAAGUAGACAAUGUAAUACAGACCUAGGCACUAAAUCAUUCUACGUAAUGUUUAAUCACUAUCACUCUAUUAAGUGCCUUCCCCAUGAUAUGGGUAAAGAAACAUACAAUAUAAUCUCUUUACAUCUUUUAUCUGUGAAAAUGUGUGUUGUUUGUCAAUUGAUUGCUGUCACAUCGUUCCUAUAAUUAUGAUUCGCUGUUUUAAUAUGGUUAUUAUAUAGUACACAAUGUGCAGAAAGAUCCAAAAGGGUUCUUGGUCCCUAACAUUUCUGACCUCGGUUUAAAUACAUUAUUUGCUGUAACAUCAGAAAAGUUCCUUUGGUCUUUUGUACUUGUCCAAGUUAAAGCAUGUGCUACUUUUUAGAAGGUCUAAUGUCUAGAUUCUAUACAGUAGAUUGACCAGUCAAAUACACCAGGAAGCAGGUGUAUAAUUAUCUGCAGCAAAUAGACUAUUAAGUUUAUGAAGUCCUUAACCCCUUAAGGACCAAACUUCUGGAAUAAAAGGGAAUCAUGACAUGUCCUUAAGGGGUUAAAGGGACAAUGUAGGCACCCAGACCACUUCAAUUCAUUGAAGUGGUCUGGGUGCUGUGUCCCUAUUUUACAUAGUGAUGCAAUGUAAAACAUUGUAGUUCCAGAGAAACCGCAAUGUUUACAAUGCAGCACUAAGUCUGCCUCCAGUGACUGUCUUUCACUGGAGGCACUUCCUGCAUCCAAGCAGACCUAUGGUCCGGUAUCCGAUGCUGUAAGUCCUCACGCUCUGCAUGAGGACAUCCAGCAUCUGAAUUUUCACCUUAGAAAAGCAUUGUUUUAAUGCAGUGCAUGCACAUUAGCGCAGGCUCAUCAGAGGUGAAGGCGGAGUCACGACCCAGCUUAGGGGGACAUCAGCGCUGGGAAAAAGGUAAGUAAAGGGUUUUUAACUCUGCCUGUUGUGUCCAACUCAAAACAUUUUAUUAAUCAAAUAAUCUGUUACUCAGGUCUUCAACUUGGCCCCCAGCAUCUUCAAGCACUUUCCAGGCUCUCACCAUAAACUGUUUAGUAAUGUGAAUACAUUUCGAGAAUAUGUAAUGGAGAAGGUGAAAACUCAUGAGGAGACCUUGGAUGAAAACUGCCCCAGAGAUUAUAUUGAUUGCUUUAUCACAAAGAUGAAGGAGGUAUGAGUAGGAAUAAUGUUGUCCAGCUUUACUAAAACCUAAAAUAAAUAGGGAUUGCGGGCACAGCCAAAGUGGGAGCUAUAGAGUAGCCGGUGAAGAGGUAAUUAAAGGAACACUGCAGACACCAUAACCACUACAGCUUGCAGAUGUAGAAAUGGUACUAGGAUUUCCCUGGCAACCAUAGGCGUGCACAGCCUAUACACACGCCGCUUGUGUGUGUGUGUGUGUGUGUGUGUGUGUGUGUAUAUAUAUAUAUAUAUAUAUAUAUAUAUAUAUAUACACACAUACAUACACUGUGUGAGGGUGCUGUUUGUGGGAUGUGAGGGUGCUGUUUGUGUACUGUUUGUGAGGGUGCUGUUAUUGUACUGUGUGUGAGGUUGCUGUAUGUGUGUGUUUGUAUGCUGUAUGUUUGGAGGGAUUGUGGGGGUGGAGGUGGGGGCAGAUUAGUAAAUAUCCCCCCCCCUCCCUUCUUACCUUAUGUAGGGAGGGGGAAUCCUUGUUGCCAUGUGCCAUCCCUAGUGGUCCAGUGGAGAGUGAACUAAAGCCUGCGGGGCUAGAGUUCACACUUGCGAGAUCUGAGCGUUGCCAUGGCAACGCUCAGAUCUCGUGAGAGGAACCCGGCGCAGCUGCUGGCUAGAGCUCCCCAGGUCCUCUCCUGCCUCCCUCCAUGCUGCUGUGGGCAAUUUGAUCUCCCCACUGGCCCAUGGAGGCUUAGAGCAGAGCCGGUGCUCAGAUAGCGCGUGCCCUGCAUGAGCCGACAGGGGAGAUCCUGAGAUCACCCCCGCCGGUCUCAAUCAAUAUGUGUGCCGCGGGGAUUAGGGUGUGCCUAGGCACAACAGGCAUAGCCAGUGGGCACGCCUCUGCUGGCAACUCUCUUUUUUGAAUAGUUUGCUUACCUGAAGACCACUCCCUUCCUUUACUACAAUCUCCUUCAGCAGAAGCUGUGUUAGCUCAUUGGCUGAGAGCAGUUAUCAUAUCAGAAGUAUUAAGAUAAUUAACAUUUUCAAAUUCUUCAUGAAGAGAUGUCUCUAGUUGCCAUCAUUCCGAAGAGUGUAUGGAUAGUCUAUCUAUAAAAUCCACUACAUCACAAUGUUCUCCCAUUCCACCACGCAAUGCAUGUUGAAGCACAUUACUAGUACUUCUUUCAAAUUUCUAUCUUUUUAUUCCUCAGGAGAAAGAUAAUUCUAAUUCCGAGUUCAACUAUGAGAACCUGUGGGUUAACCUGCUUCAGCUAUUCUUUGCAGGGACAGAGACCACCAGCACAACCCUGAGAUAUGCAAUCCUCAUUCUCCUGAAACAUCCAGAGAUACAGAGUAAGAACUGGGCCACUAACCCAUCUGCAGGCAUGAUGUAAACUGCAAGGUCAAUGGGCCAGAUGUACACAAAUUAAUUUCUAAAUGUGAUGCAGUCACCAUGGAAACCUGCUGAUUGCUCCACAUUUAAUACUGUGCCCUGAAUUACGCUAAGUGCUCCAAUUCUGGCCCUGGCCAAACUCGCAACCCGACAAUUAAAUGUUGGAAAGUAUUAAGUUAAAGGUCUCUAUGGGAGGGUUGGGGUACACCACUUCAAUUCACUUUUAAUUCAUUUACUAAUGCUCACUCCCUUGAACACACAAGUAUAACAUAAACUUUCCUACAAACUAGAAAUGUUUACUACUUUACAAAACACAUCGAAGGAAAUCUUUUAUGUAUACAAUCAUAUUUUUAUUUAUACAUAAUUUGUAAGAUUAUUCCCAUAUACAGUUGUAGUUGGUUUUCUUUAUUAUUUUUUUUUGGCAGAGAAACUCCAAGACGAGAUGGAUUCUGUUAUAGGGCAAGACCAGGAUCCAUCUGUUGCAGAUCGGUUAAAGAUGCCAUACUUGGAUGCUGUGAUUCAUGAGAUCCAGAGGUUUGCAGAUAUCUUACCCCUGGGGGUUUUACGUGCCCCCUCAAAGGAUACAACCCUCAGAGGAUUUACUAUCCCCAAGGUUAGUAAACACAAAGAUUCAAAAUAUAAAAUCAAGUCACUAAAUGACUAAAUAAAAAAAUAGUUACCUCUUACCAUGUACAGUGAAUGAUAUGUGUGAAGUUUUGGAGAGUCACAUUAAAGUCCUUAAAGGAAUACUGCAUACACCAUAACUACUACAGUGUGCUUUAAUAGUUAUGAUGUCAGGAGAGCCCUGGCAUCCCCACCCACCAUUGUAAGUAGUCAAACCAUUUUAGAACAGUAUGCCUUCUUAAUAAUCUAAAACUGUGUAAGGCCAGGAGGUGAUAUACUGCCUCAAGGACAUACUUGAAAACAAGAGAAAUCUCAAUGUAUCCUUCCUGGUAAAAUAUUUUAUAAAUAAAAGUGCUGGUGAAUGAGGGUACUCAGAGGACCACACUCAAAAUAACCCUCAAAUUCCACAUGAAAGGUUUUGCACAUAAAACACUCAAGUACACCAGAGGGUGCCAGACACCAGUAUAAUGUUGCACAAAUAUAAUUACCAAUAUGGCAUAAAAUUAUGGAGUUCCCACUCCUUGUCUUGAGAAGUCUCAAAUAAUGGGGAAUGGGUCAUGGUAUAGUAUACAAAGAAUUGUACAUCGAUGGCUUUGUCAAUACUCGCUCAAAUUUCCACCACUUGCUAGUGGCCCUGCACACCCAAGAGUUGCUAUUUCCAAUGGUCCAGAAACCUUUUCUCCUUCACUAUAUAAUUGUUGGUGAAGAACCUUUUUAGAUUAAAAAACUUUAAUCAGUUUUCUAAAGAUGUUUUUUAUUUGUUUAUAUAAAUUAGGAAAGUAAAUGGAAUGUGUGAGUAUAGUACAUUUAGUCAUCAGAAUAUUGGGCAUUCGUGGGUCGUCCAAAUUACGAAACUCUGAAUUGAUCUAUAACUAAACUUAUAAAAUGGACAAUGGUUUUGUGUGUUUCAUGAUUUAGGAGUUCCAUCCUGGGUAGCAAAAAAGCAAAAAAAAAAAAUUGAUGAAAAAAAGUUAAUUGGUGGUGGUUGGGGGACAGUCACUAAAUUUUAUUUUUCUUAUCCAGAUAAAGCUAGAAUUGAGCAAUAGAGAGGGGAGAGAAAAAAGAAGCAGUAAAUAAAAAAUAUAUAAAUAUUUAAUAUGUAAUGACCUAAAUAAACUUUUUUUUUUUUUUAUAUACUCUAUCUUUUUUCCUUUUUUUGGCUGCGUCUACUUCUUCAAUUCGUGAAACAACUGGCUGAAAAAUGCACCUAAAUAUACAUGAUAUUUUACAGUACACUGGCCAAUUUUCAGACUCUUUUUUUUUUUUUUUUCUGGAUUAUUGGCAUGGACGAAAUUUGUCCGAAACCCCAUAUGACCAAAUUUUGGACCACCCAAAAGAACAUUUUUCUUUUCAGAUGAAUUGAUUUGAGCCAAAUCAAUUUUUUUCACUGUAUGCAAGUCUAUUGAUUGAGGUUGGAAGAAGAUAUUUUUGGUGUAAAUUGGCUCCAUUUAAUUAAUGGGAUGUAAUUAGUGUUCAAGGAGUGGUAGAUUAGGGAAGAGGAAUGUUAUUGUAAGGGGUUGCUGAAAAACAGACAUUCUCUAAAAUACAUUAACAUCUACUCUACAUCUAUCUGAAAUAGUAGCUGUUAUUAUGCAUUGCUGCUAAUAUCUUGUCAUCUUUCUAUAGGGAACCACUGUAUUCCCCAUGUUAACCACUGUCCUGAAGGAUGAGAAAUACUUCCCGGAUGCUCAGAAGUUUGACCCAGGCCAUUUCUUAAAUGAAAAUGGUUCUGCAAAGAAGAACGAUGCUUUUAUGCCAUUUUCAAUAGGUAACUUUAAAAUGUGUUUUCAAAUUACUUAGACUCAAAAUAAUGAGCAAAUUUACUCUAUAUAAUUUAAAAUAUUAUACUUUGUACCACAACUGGAAAUUUAACUCUUCUGGCUACUCUGGGGACAUUGCCUUUCCUAUAACAAACUUUAUAACCUAGAACGUUCUCCCAUUGCUUGUUAUUCCUCCAGGAAAGCGAAUAUGUGUUGGAGAGGGUUUGGCUCGCAUGGAGAUCUUUUUGUUCCUCACCUACAUCCUACAAAAGUUUAAUCUGAAAUGCAACAUAAAGCCCGAAGAGAUUGAUCUCUCCCCAAUACCUUUCAGAGGCAACUUCACACCACGACCCUAUGAGAUCUCUGUCAGCCUGCGCUGA